AUGGGAGUAAUAGAUGAAGUAUAUCUGCAGCUGUCAUAUCAUUGUAAUGCAGUCUAUGUAGAGAAUAAGACAGUCCUUCUGAAUGUCAUAGCCAGAACAUUAAGGAAAGCUACUGACCUACUUCUUGCCUGGAAUCCCAUUUGUUUGGGGUUGGUAGAAGGUGUUAUUGGGAAAAUUCAGCUUCAUUCAGAUCUUCCAUGGUGGCUUAUUCUAAUUCGGCAGAAAGCACUGGUGGGCAAACUCCCAGGAGACCAUGAAGUCUGUAAAGUUACCAAAAUUGCUGUGCUGUCGCUUUCUGAAAUGGAACCUCAGGAUCUUGAACUAGAGCUCUGUAAGAAGCAUCAUUUUGGAAUUAACAAACCAGAGAAGAUUAUACCAUCUCCUGAUGACUCCAAGUUUCUACUGAAGACCUUUACAAAUAUUAAAUCCAAUGUGUCUGCUCCUAAUAAAAAGAAAGUUAAAGAAAGUAAAGAGAAGGAGAAGUUGGAAAGAAGAUUACUUGAAGAGUUGCUGAAGAUGUUCAUGGACUCAGAAUCCUUUUACUACAGUUUGACCUAUGAUCUGACCAAUUCGGUGCAGAGGCAGAGCUCUGGGGAGAAGGACAGCCGGUCUCUGUGGCAGAAGGUUGAUGAUCGAUUUUUUUGGAAUAAAUAUAUGAUACAAGAUCUUAUAGAGAUUGGUACACCAGAUGUGGACUUUUGGAUUAUCCCCAUUAUCCAGGGUUUUGUGCAGAUUGAAGAACUUGUGGUUAAUUAUACUGAAUCAUCUGAUGAUGAGAAAAGCAGCCCAGAGACCCCCCCUCAAGAAUCUACCUGUGUCGAUGACAUUCACCCACGAUUUUUAGUGGCUCUUAUUUCACGCCGGAGUAGACAUAGAGCAGGAAUGCGCUAUAAACGAAGAGGAGUGGAUAAAAAUGGAAAUGUUGCCAAUUAUGUAGAGACUGAGCAAUUAAUUCAUGUUCAUAAUCAUACUUUGUCAUUUAUUCAAACACGAGGUUCUGUGCCUGUCUUUUGGAGCCAGGUUGGGUAUCGAUACAAUCCAAGACCUCGACUGGACAAAAGUGAAAAGGAAACUGUUGCCUAUUUCUGUGCCCAUUUCGAAGAACAACUGAAAAUUUACAAAAAACAGAUGAACCUUAGAAUUAACUUGUCAAGUCCAUAAAAAGAUCCUGGUCGAAUUUUGAUUGGGAUUGUUGAGUGUAUAGAUUAAUUUGGGGAGACUUGACAUCUUGAAUCUUAUCAUUCACCAACAUGGUUAUUAUUAACUUGGUAGACCAGGCAGGAAGAGAGAAAAUUAUUGGUGAUGCGUACCUGAAGCAAGUGCUGCU